UUUAUCUGUGGAGGAGUACAAGUUAAGAUUUAACAGUAUUUUUUACUUGCAAUGAGACGAACACUACAACUACAUAUUUAUUCACCUCAACUAAUUAACAGAGGGCUGUUAGUCUAAUCAUUUGGAUUAUUACUUUUAACAAUCUUCUUUAUUAAUUCUCUCUUUCAGAGACAAACUACAUUAAUAUUGUGUAAUUCUCAUUUGGGUCAAUCUUUUGGAGAAAUCUCAACAUCAGAGACAAAAAAAAUUAUAUACGACACACACAUAUAUAUGUAUUAUAUAUAUACGACCCUUUAAUCUGCCUAAUUGUUUGUUGAGAGACUUUUGGUUAUCAGGGUCUAAUCAAAUCCAAUUCAAUCAUCAUCACUGACUUUUUAUAUUAGAAUUAAAAACUUCCAUGCCUUGGUUCAUCUUAAGUUUGUUUUAAUUUAUUUAUUCAACAAUACUUUUAGCUAAAAUUUGUAAUGUCUGCCAUCUCAUAUUAGUAGCAGUGAGUAUAUACACACACACACGUAUAUAUACUUGUAUAAUUUAUUCAAACUGCAAAUAUAAAAUAAGGAGAGAAAGGAAAUUCUAUAAUACAUGUAUAUAUGGUAUUAUUAAUUUUGCUUGAAAACUAAGGAGAGAAAGGAAAUGUAUAAUGAAGUUCACAUGUCACCAACUUAGGUAUCCCACCACCAUUACACAUACAAUUUAUAAUAACCCUAGACCUUUUAAUGAAUCUUCAGCACACACACAGACACCUUUUUAUUACUUAUAAAACUUUUUAACACAAAAUAUGUCUAAGCCAGGUUGUGUGAGAAAACACAUUGUGGAGAAGAACACAACCAGGAGGGAACAAAAUUUGAAAACUAACCAGAAUUUUUUGUCGAAGCACCUCAAGAGAAUUUACCCAAUUGGAAUUCACAAGAGCAGUUCAUCGUUAUCGUUGUCAUCUUUAUCGUUGUCCUUGUCACAAAAUUCUGAUUCUUCCCUCACUGCCGAUUCCGCGGCUACGCUGGAGCAGAAAAUUUCGCUGGCGCUCCACUUGAUUGGGCCGCACGAAGAAAGGAAGUAUUUGUUGCCAAAACAUGUUCAGCCACAGCAACAGCACCAAACUGAGGAUCUGAGUGGUGAAGAAUUGAGGAGAUGCAACUGGAUAACGAAGAAUAGUGGUUUGGUUACAGAUGAAGUUUAUGUGUCGUUUCAUGAUGAGCAAUGGGGAGUUCCAGUUUAUGAUGACAAUCAAUUGUUUGAGCUGCUCGCAAUGGCUGGCAUGCUGAUGGAUUUCAACUGGACUGAAAUUCUAAAAAGGAAACAAGUAUUCAGAGAAGCCUUUUACGGAUUUGAUCCGAACACGGUAGCCAAAAUGGAGGAAAAAGAAAUUGAGGAGAUAGCCUCCAAUAAAGCAAUAAUGUUGCAAGAAAACAGAGUGAGGUGCAUUGUAGACAAUGCCAAAUGCAUUGUCAAGAUUGGGAGAGAAUUUGGGUCAUUCAGCAGCUACAUGUGGGGAUAUGUGAACUACAAGCCAGUGAUAAACAAGUACAAAUAUCCAAGAAAUGUUCCAUUGAGAAGUCCGAAGGCAGAGGCAAUUAGCAGGGAUCUAAUGAAGCAUGGGUUUCGAUUUGUAGGACCCGUCAUCGUUUAUUCCUUCAUGCAGGCUGCAGGCUUAACCAUCGACCACCUUGUUGAUUGUUUCAGGCACAGUGAGUGUGUAAGUCUUGCAGAAAGACCUUGGAGGCACAUCUAAACACCAUUUUAUAUGUACUUCACAAACUCCUACAGAGGGAUUAUUAUGUACUCAUAGUUUAUCGCAA